GAAGUCCAUCAAUAGUUUUCCGGAAGGCAAAGUGUCCGCAACCAGCGUGGAAAAGCACCUAGGACGGAUACCAGAAGAAAAAAAUCGAAUCGUUCUGUGCCAAUAGUCUGCUGUUGUCUGCAGUCAGUCACCGGUGAACAUCGCAUACACCAACACUAUCUUCAUUCUCGGUCGGUCGGUUGGUCGGUCGUUUGUUCACCUUUCCGGUGAAGACAGCUCGGUUGGAAAGUUAUUCAAAAGUGUGUAGUAACUGACGGAACGAAAAAAACUCAACCCACAGAGUUUUCUUUCGUGAAACAGCCACGCGGAAAUGACAUCAGUGCAAUUUCCGGUACAGACGUAACAAAACCGCAUGAAAAGAACACCUUCGCCAUCCCUGUCCGACUGCCGCAGGGGAAAAACAGACAACAAAACGGAAACGAGCUUUCAGUGAGGAUGAAAUUGUUUGGUCAGUACGGUAUAAUUGGAACGAUAAACUACGUGCACCCGUUGGAAGCAUUCGUUCAUUUCGAAGCCGUGGAGUCAUUCCCAAGCAAUUAGUGAUUUAUCAUAAUCAUAAACUUCACCGGUAUCUAUACGGUCUACAAACGCAGAGGCGACCAUUCGCGUUGGUAAGAAGUCAACAUACUUACUGCUCAGCGAUCACAUGAGCAUAUUUUCGGCGAGCUGAUCCAAUCAGGACUGUUCACCGGAGAAAGUACUCUUCAGAGAAUGUCUACACAAAUGAUUUGGACAACGGAUAGCAACCUUGAUGCUACUCAAUUUACCUCCAAGAAAAACAACACCAGCACCAGCAGCAGCAACGAAAGCAGCCCACCAACCAACAAUGAACCGACGCAUCCCGACAACCCGUACCUGGUGGGGGUGCAAUCACGAUUCCGCCGUCGGUACUACCACAAAACCAUCUUCAUUGUGCUGAUUAUCGUGAUAGUAAUUCUUCUGGUCGGGCUUAUCGUUGUCGCUUGUUUGUUGCACUUCCCACCGGACGUUUGCCACACUACGGAAUGUCUCCGGUCGGCGGCAACCCUGAAGCAAAGCAUGGAUAUGAGCGUGGAUCCCUGCGAGGACUUUUACCAGUACACCUGUGGUAACUGGGCAAACGAUCAUCCACGUCCGGAUAGCUAUACCAGUUACGAUUGGUUCAGCGAACGACAGGCGAAGAUCCUGCGCAAUAUUCGUCAAUAUCUGCAGAUGAAUGAGAGUGUUGGUGAACCGAAACCGGUCGGACAAGCCCGAGCAAUGUACAAGGCAUGUAUGAAUUUGACUGCCAUGGAUGCCCUCGGAUAUAAACCAUUGUUCGUCUUGCUGAACGAGUUUUAUCUGCCGAACUAUCCAACGAUGCUGAAUCUAACGGAAACGGACUACGAAAGCUACAGCUUCGAUUGGGUUCGAUCACUAGCUAGAAUAAGGCAACAACACGGUAUGGACUUGAUGAUAGGAUUCGAUGUGUUUCCUAAUCCGAGGGAUCGUGACUACAACGUGUUGGUGCUUGGUACACCCGAAAGAGGGUCUGACUUGCCUUUUAACGAUGAUGUCAUGAAGCACGUAACUAGGGCAAAACGUAAAGUGAUGGCCAACGAAAGGGAAGACGACGACGACGACGACGACGAAAACGACCCGGAAGACAACACCGACUACAUGAAGGCCUACAAAAACUUCAUGAUUGGUGCGAUGAAAGUAUUAGUCAACAGCACUGAUCCCACGAUAGCCCUAGAUUCGUUUGCCGAUAGUUUCAGUAAAGCUGCUGAUAUCUACGUAAAGAUGUCUAGGGUUAUAAUGAAGCUAGAUAAACUAGCAGAGAACAGCUCUAAAAGCAACACCCUAGAAGACUCGCUCAAUCUACAAGAUCUGGUCAACAUGACCGUUCACGACCUUCAAACCCUCACCGAUCUGUACUUGGCUCCCAAGCAGCCACUCCCGAUCUGGGAACACUAUGUUGAAGAGGUUUUCGACGGUAUUCCCGAAGCUCUACUGAACUUAAACGAUGACCUUAUCCUAACCAGCAACGCGGACAUCUUCUACCUUCAGCUACUAGCAAACUACCUAUCGCAAACUCCCCUGGUACACAUCGAACUAUUCAUCUGGUGGACGGUUGUCGAAGAGUUGAUACUGCACACGACGACAGAGAUACGCAAACUGCAUUACGAAUACUACAAGGUGACCACGGUGACCGAGAGUUACACGCCCCGAUCACUGUAUUGUGCCGGAGCUGUCAACAAACUGCUGGGAAUGGCCGUGAGUUAUGCAAUUUCCGAUCCAAACUUUCUGCGGGACAUCAAACCAAAGGUGGAACAUAUGCUGCGAUACAUCCAGGAUGCUUUCGAACGGCUGGUUCGCGAUACAACCUGGAUGGACUGGAAGACCAAGCGAUCUACGCUGGAGAAGUCAAAGGCGAUGCGAAGCCUGAUAGGUUUUCCCGAGUGGAUACUGCAGAAGAAUAAACUGGAGGAGUAUUACGAUAAGAUAGAUAUCAACGAUACGCAACACCUGAAUAAUAUGAUCCAGAUCGUCCAAUUGAAGAACAUCAAGCAGCUUCGGCGGUGGCGCUUGCGGAACGUGCUCGGUUGGGACACCGUCCCGACAAACGUCAACGCAUUCCACACUUUCCAGGACAAUGCUAUUACCAUACCGAUCGCCAUUCUACAGUACCCAUUUUAUCACCUGGGCCUAGAGGCGUUAAACUACGGCGCGAUCGGAACGAUACUGGGUCACGAGUUGACACACGGUUUUGAUGAUAGUGGUCGUCAGUUCGAUAAGGAAGGCAACCUGAAACAAUGGUGGACGAACGGUACGGUUCGAGAGUACGUUAACAGAUCCAGCUGUUUUGUUCAACAAUACAGCGGUUACUACGUCGCAGAAGCAAACGAUUUUAUCGAUGGACAACAAACUCUCGGUGAGAACAUUGCCGACAAUGGUGGAGUCCAGGAAGCCUACCAGGCCUACAAAAUCUACCAGCAGCACAACGGCAAAGAAGCACUUCUGCCAGGUUUCGAAAACUACACCCACGAACAGUUGUUCUUCAUUUCCUACGGAAAUCUAUGGUGCGAAUCUCACACGGAAUCGGCAGCGAAGGCCGCUCUGGACGAUACGCACUGUCCAGGCUGGAUUCGGCUCAAGGGAGUACUCAGCAAUUCCCAGGAGUUCAGCCGAACGUUCGACUGCAAGCGAGGUAGCGGAAUGAAUCCGGCCGUGGACAAGUGUCGGAUUUGUUUCUGUGACCGACCUGCUCAAUAUCCGGAUGAAACGCAAAUAACAAGUGUUAUAGUGAAUGACCUCAAACAGGAAAACAAGAUUGUUUGCUGCAAUCGUUUUACGCGGGAGUAUCGCAUCUACGUGCCUGUCCAGGCAGUGGAGAUCAAUGGUGCAGCCAUCAAAAAGUUGAUGAAAAAGAGCCAGCAAAGUAAAAUGAUUGUACGAUAUCUAGCCUCCUCCAGGAUGGAGGAAUACGAAGAUAACAGGUUCAUGGCCGUAGACACAGAAACCACUCGGAGUUACGUUUCAGGAGAUCGCAGGCCAACUUCUUCGUCCGUCAACAACGGUGGACAGAGUACUUGCCGAGUUAUCUGCCGUCGGUUCGUCAUCUGCGUUCUACUGCUAGCCGUUGUACUACUCUCGUCAUUUAUCUACCUAAUUUUCCACUACGCAAGUACCCUACCGGACAUCUGUCACAGCAAGGAAUGCCUCCGGUCGGCAUCUGCCUUCCAGCAAAGCAUGGACCUGACCGUAGAUCCUUGCGAGGACUUCUACUCGUACGUGUGCGGCAACUGGGCCGACGAUCAUCCCCGUCCCGUAACACAUCCCAGCUACAGUUGGUACAACGAACGGCAGGACAACGUAUACCGCUAUAUAAUGGCAAAGCUGGAGAAGAACGUUAGCCAAUCAGAUCCGAAACCGGUUGUGCAGUCCAAGGCGAUGUAUAAGGCGUGUCUGGACACCGCUGCCCGUAAACAACAAGGGUUCAAAGCAGUUCCCAAGUAUCUGAAAGAAUUCGGAUUGCCCACGAUUCCCACACUGUUAAACUACACUAAAACUACUCCGCGGAAUUUCAAAUUUGACUGGAUCAGUUCGGUUGCCAAGAUUCAACGGAAGUUAGGACUAAAUGUUAUCAUAGGGUUUGAUGUUGUUCCGGAUUAUCUGGACAAGACCCAUAACAGGCUGACUCUGGAGUACUUCUAUGCGCCCGGAGAUUUUAACUUUCCAUACUACGAGUGGUCUAGGUUAAAACCGAAAAGCCCUACUAAAGCUAGUAGCGAUGACGUUGAGUACGAUGACAAAGAUUCGGAGGAAGAUGAUGACGAUGCACCAGAAAUAGCUGAAGAGUUGAAGCAACUGGUUGAGGCAGUCAAGCCAAGUAUGAACUCAACGAAAAUAGAAAAAAGAUUAUCAACGCUAGCGGAGCAGUUCAUAGAAUUUCGCCAAGCUCUUCCGGACGUACCGGAAUCCGAAGAAGAAGAUCCGAACCACUUUACUGUGCAGAAGCUGCAGAACUUGACAGAUUCGUAUCUGGCUCCGAGAAAACCAUUCCCCAUAUGGCAACGCUACCUGGACGUACUGUUCACCGAUCUACCUGGUGUUAAACCAACCUUAACAGACGAGCUACAGAUCGACAAUGCAACAAUCGCCUUCCUACAAAAACUCAUCAAUGCUGUAUCUCAACAGCCGGAGGCACGCAUCGAACUCUACGUCUGGAUGACGGUAACCAGCUACCUGGUGCACAACGAACUGAACGACUUGGAAACGGAAGAGGCAUGUGCCGAGCAUGUGCAAAAGUUUUUGGGAUUAGCCGUCAACCAUGCCGUUUCCGAUAGGAACUUCUUUGUCGAGACGAAACCCCGCGUCGAAAGGAUGCUACGUGACAUUCGGGACCAGUUCGACCGUAUCGUUCUCGAGACGGACUGGAUGGAUGCGCACACAAAAUGUGCGGCACUAGAGAAGUCCAAGGCGAUGAACAGUUUCAUUGGAUUUCCCGAGUGGAUUUUGGACGUUGACAAGUUAGAGCGUUACUAUGAGGGGUUGCAGAUCAGUGAGAGUCGCCAUCUGGAGAAUUGGGUCAAUGCGAUGCAUUUUCUGCUCACGGAUAAAUUGCGAUCUUGGCGACUAGAGAACAAUCGGUUUUCAGAUUUGAACCCAGCGAUUGUGAAUGCGUACAAUCUUCAACAUUGGAAUUUGAUUUAUAUUCCUGUUGCUAUAAUUCAGUAUCCGUAUUACUACCUUGGAUUGGAAGCACUGAAUUACGGAGCCCUCGGGGAGACUCUAGGCCAUGAACUUACCCACGGGUUUGACAAUUCAGGUCGUCACUUCGACAAACAUGGCAACAUGAAACGCUGGUGGUCAAACCAAACGAUUCAGGAGUACGACAAACGGGCAAACUGUCUCGUCGAGCAAUACAGUAACUAUUACGAUACAUUGGCAAAUUCAUAUGUUAAUGGAAGUCUAACGCUCGGUGAGAACAUCGCUGAUAACGGAGGGCUUCGUGAAGCUUUCUGGGCCUAUCGAUCGUUUGCAAAGGAGCACGGUCCAGAGCCGACUCUACCGGGUUUCGAGGACUUUACGCAUGAACAACUAUUGUUCAUCUCGUUUGGAAAUCAAUACUGUGAUGCCAUUUCACCUAGCGCUGCCAAAGGUUUGCUGGAGGAUGAACAUAGUCCGUCCAGAUUUCGAGUGCUUGGAGUUCUUAGUAAUAUGGAGGAGUUCAGUGAGGUGUUCCAGUGUCCCGUGGGUAGUACGAUGAAUCCUGCGAAAAAAUGUCGCAUUUGGUGAUCAUUGGCUUCGAAUAAAAAAAAUCAAUGCAUCGAAUAAAUAACUGUUCUGGUCAAACAAAA